UCAUUGGCGAUAUUCAUUGCAAGGGUUUGGAGACAUCGAAUUAGCUGUUGUUAUAGUCUAUUGACAAGUUUGACAAGAGGAUGGAAUAAAAUAGAAAUCAUCCCUAUGGAUGAUUGUCACGUUAUAUAUGUACAGUCUGUAAGCGACCAUUACUGAGUACAACACACGUGUGCGAGCAAGGACGUUUUGUAUAUCAUUGGCAGUUUUGGGUUCAGAUGCUAGGACGGUUUUUGACAUUGAGUAGGCAGCUUUACACCAUGAGGCUUCAGUCUGAUGAUUUCAAGGCUCUGUUCACAGAUGGGUUGAAGACCCUUACAAAUCUUUUUGCCCAAGAGAAACAUGAAAUACGCAUAGCAGGAGGGGCUGUGCGAGAUCUCCUUGUGGGGAACCAGCCGCAUGAUGUAGAUUUUGCAACGACAGCAACCCCUGAUCAAAUGAAGGAGAUGUUCCUCAAAGCUGGGAUCCGAAUGAUAAACAACAAGGGCGAGAAGCAUGGAACAGUUACUGCCAGGAUCGAUGAUCAAAACUUUGAGAUCACUACCCUCCGGGUUGACUUGCAAACAGAUGGACGCCACGCAGAGGUGCAGUUCACCACAGACUGGAAAGGCGAUGCAGAGAGACGUGAUCUGACCAUAAACUCCAUGUUUCUGGGAUUUGAUGGGACCCUGUAUGAUUAUUUUAAUGGCUAUGAAGAUUUGCAAAAACGAUGCAUUCGAUUUGUCGGAGACCCAGCUCAACGUAUUCAGGAAGAUUAUCUUCGAAUUCUGCGCUACCUUAGGUUCUACGGAAGAAUUUCAGAAAAACCUGGAAUUCAUACAACUGCAACACUGGAUGCUAUCAAAGAGAAUGCCCCAGGCCUAAGUGGCAUCUCAGGGGAACGAAUUUGGGUGGAAUUGAAGAAGAUCCUUGAAGGAAACCAUGUGAACCACUUGAUUCAAAUAAUUUAUGAACUUGGAGUGGCACCUCAUGUGGGAUUACCAGAGGAUGUAAACUUGACUGAAUUUGCUAGAGUCUGUGGUCACUCCGCACAUUUGUGUCCUAAACCUCUAACCCUCCUGACUGCUCUGUUUUCAAACCCGGAUGCUGUGAACAAACUGGAACUGCGGCUGAAGAUUUCAAAGGAGGAGAAGAACCUUGCCUUAUUUUUACUGAAGCAACGCAACGAGCUGACUGCUGACUCCAGAGAUUCAGAACCUCUGAAACCCUACCAAGACUAUGUGAUUGAUUCUCGGGAGCCUGACGCACAUAAAAAAAUAUGUGAAUUGCUGAAAUACCAGGGGGAAGAGAAAAUGUUUAAAGACAUGGAGUGCUGGACCCUUCCUCGCUUUCCAGUCAGUGGACAUGACUUGAGACGAAUGGGUAUAAAUUCAGGAAAAGAACUCGGCAAGAUCCUUAUGGAGCUUCGAGAACGCUGGAAGGAAAGCGGGUACAAAUCUAGCAAAGAAGAACUUUUGAAUAGUGUUGUACGUGAGCAGGAUUCUUGACUAAUGGAAAGAACAAAGACAAAGCAAUGCAGCAUGUCCAGGAUCACAAGAUUAUACAUUGUACAGUGUAUCUCCGUCUGAACUAUACACG